UCUUUUGCCCAGGGUAUAUUUCUCAAGCAGUAAACUUAGGCUCUGAAGGUAUACCAGUGUGUCAGUUGUUUAGCUUAGAAGAACUAAUGGAAGCUACAAACAACUUCGACAAGUCUUGCAUAACGGGGGAAAGUUCAUAUGGGAAGAUUCACAAAGGAAGACCAGAGAAUGGAGCUCAAGUAGCUGUUAGAUGCCUAACUGUAUCAAAAAAAUAUACUGUCCGGAAUCUUAAACUCAUGUUGGAAUUGCUUGCAAAGCUUCGCCACCCACAUUUGGUUUGCCUCUUGUGUUUCUUCUGCAUCAAUGGCGGUGGAAGAGAUGAAUCUAAUGCAAAUGAAGUCUAUCUCAUAUAUGAAUAUGUGCCAAAUGGGAAUUAUCGUGCACGUCUCUCGGGUAAGCUGAAAUCAUGAAAUAGUAAUAGUUGGAGCCAUAACCCCAAAGUUUGUAACGUAGGUCAAAUAUAUCAAUUGGAUCUGAAUUCUAGCCUAAUUUUCGGAUGGGUUUGCAGAUAAUAGUCCAGAAAAAACUCUCAAAUGGGCAGACAGGUUGUCAGCUCUGACUGGCGUGGCGAAGGCUGUGCACUUCCUACAUACUGAAAUUAUUCCCAGUUUCUUCAACAAUAGGUUGAAAGCAAAUAAUAUACUCCUGAACGAGCAUCUGAUGGCAAAGCUUAGAGACUAUGGGGCUGUCUAUUGUUAUUGCAGAAGAUGAAGAUCAUAAUGAGGCAAAAGGACAGGGUCUUAAUUCAUGGCAAAUGAAAUCCUUAGAGGAUGAUGUGCAUAGCUUUGGGUUCAUAUUACUCGAGUCGUUUGUGGGGCCAACGGUAUCUGCAAGAAGGGAAGCAUUUCUGCAGAAUGAAAUGGUGUCGUUCCGUAGCCAGGAAGGGCGGGGGCGGAUAGUGGAUCCGCUUGUGCUUUCCUCUUGCUCACAAGAAUCGUUGAUGAUCUUUAUCGACAUAACAAGCAAAUGCCUUUCUCCUGAUUCAUCGACUCCUCCAUCUUUUGAGGAUGCUCUCUGGAACUUGCAGUAUGCAGCCCAAGUACAGGCAAAUGCUGAUGGUGACCAAAGAUCUUAA